CUACAGCUCCCCACAGGGGCUACAGUCCCCCAACAGGAGCCAAAUGGCCCCCGCAGAGGCUACCACCCCCCUGCAGGGCCCAUGUGCCCCACCUCCGCUUGCUCCCCCAGCCCCUAGGAUUGCCGCCCUGCCUGGAUCCAUCCUCCACCAGCUCCUGCCCAGUGACCCAGACGGCAGCUGGAACUGCUGGUACAAGGCUGUAGUCCUGGCAGCCAAUCAUUUUGGUAGAUUUUUUACUGGUCAGAUAACAGCAGCUGGAAAAGUUCCUCCUGCAAAGAUGUUGAUAAUUGGUGGUGGUGUGGCUGGGCUGGCUGCUGCAGGAGCUGCUAGAGCAAUGGGAGCCAUUGUCAGGGGAUUUGACACCAGGCCUGCAGCACUGGAGCAGUUUAAGUCCCUUGGAGCAGAAACUCUAGAAGUGGACAUUGCAGAAACUGGAGAAGGGGUCGGAGGUUAUGCAAAAGAAAUGUCUAAAGAAUUUAUUGAAGCAGAACUGGCAUUGUUUGCUAGACAAUGUAAAGAUGUGGAUAUUGUUAUUAGUACUGCUCUUAUUCCAGGAAAGAAAGCUCCAAUCCUAAUCACUAAGACUAUGGUGGAAUCAAUGAAGGAUGGCUCAGUCAUUGUAGACCUUGCAUCUGAGGCUGGGGGGAAUGUGGAAACAACUCACCCUGAAGAGCUCUACAUUCACAAGGGUGUGGUGCACAUUGGUUAUACAGACUUGCCAAGUAGAAUGGCUACUCAGGCCAGUAGCCUUUAUUCCAACAACAUCUUGAAAUUAUUAAAAGCUAUUUCUCCUGACAAAGAAUAUUUUUAUUUUGAGCCAAGGGAUGAUUUUGAUUAUGGGACUAUUGAUCAUGUCAUUAGAGGAACUGUGAUAAUGAAGGAAGGCAAGACUUUAUUUCCAGCACCUUUACCAAGAACAGCACCACCUUCUGCUCCUGCUAAACCAAAAUCUGUGCAGGAGUUAGAAGCAGAGAAACAAGCUUUGAUCUCGCCAUUCAGGAAGACCAUGACAUCAGCUGGAGCUUACACAGCAGGCUUGACAAGCAUUUUGGGGCUGGGGCUCAUUUCUCCCAAUUCUGCUUUUACCCAAAUGGUGACUACAUUUGGGCUUGCUGGAAUAGUUGGUUAUCAUACUGUCUGGGGAGUCACUCCUGCCUUGCAUUCACCGCUCAUGUCAGUAACAAAUGCAAUUUCUGGUCUUACUGCUGUUGGAGGUUUGGUUUUAAUGGGAGGAUCUUACUUCCCUAGCGGUAUUCCUCAAAUCUUAGCCUUAGUAGCUGCAUUUGUUUCAUCUGUGAAUAUUGCAGGUGGUUUCUUAAUUACACAGCGAAUGCUGGAUAUGUUCAAGCGACCUACAGAUCCACCUGAAUAUAAUUACCUCUACCUCCUCCCUGGAGCUCUGUUUGUUGGGGGUUAUGGUGCCUCUCUUGCCAGUGGACAUAGUAUUGAACAGAUGAUGUAUCUGGGCUCAGGCCUUUGCUGUGUUGGUGCACUGGCAGGACUUUCUAGUCAGAACACUUCUAGACUUGGUAAUGCCCUAGGUAUGAUUGGGGUGGCUGGUGGUUUAGCUGCUACGCUAGGAGCACUGAAACCUGCCCCAGAAUUACUCGCUCAGAUGUCCACUGCCAUGGCUAUUGGUGGCACAAUUGGUCUUACCAUUGCGAAACGGAUUGAAAUCUCUGACCUUCCACAGCUUGUAGCUGCAUUUCACAGUCUGGUUGGUUUGGCAGCUGUUCUUACAUGCAUUGCUGAGUAUAUGAUUGAAUAUCCACACCUUGAUGUUCACCCUUCUGCCAAUGUUCUCAAAACUGUUGCCUAUUUAGGGACCUACAUUGGGGGUGUCACCUUCAGUGGCUCUUUAGUAGCUUAUGGAAAAUUGCAAGGUAUGCUGAACUCAGCAGCACUCCUUCUACCUGGUCGCCAUUACCUGAAUGGUGGUUUGUUGGCAGCAUCAGUAGGUGGUAUGAUCCCUUUUAUGUUGGAUCCAAGCUUCACUACCGGCAUGGCCUGUCUCCUUGGUGUUUCAGGGCUCUCUUCCAUCAUGGGAGUGACUCUUACAGCAGCUAUAGGUGGAGCUGACAUGCCUGUGGUCAUCACUGUCCUGAACAGCUACUCUGGCUGGGCUUUGUGUGCAGAAGGUUUUCUUCUUGACAACAACCUGAUGACAAUUGUUGGUGCCUUGAUUGGUUCAUCUGGAGCUAUCCUCUCUUACAUCAUGUGUGUGGCCAUGAACAGGUCUUUGCCAAACGUCAUUUUGGGUGGAUAUGGCACAACUUCUACAGCUGGAGGGAAACCUAUGGAAAUUGUUGGAACACAUACUGAAAUUGGAGUUGACCAAGCUAUUGAAAUGAUAAAAGAAGCUAACUCUAUCAUCAUUACCCCAGGCUGGGGUCUUUGUGCAGCCAAGGCCCAGUAUCCUAUUGCUGACAUGGUGAAAAUGCUUAAUGAACAAGGAAAGAAUGCCAGGUUUGGCAUCCAUCCUGUAGCAGGCCGGAUGCCAGGACAGCUGAAUGUGCUGCUGGCAGAAGCUGGUGUACCUUAUGAUGUUGUAUUAGAAAUGGAUGAGAUCAAUGAAGAUUUUCCAGAAACAGACUUGGCUCUGGUCAUUGGUGCAAAUGACACGGUGAACUCUGCAGCCCAGGAGGAUCCCAAUUCUAUUAUUGCCGGCAUGCCAGUCUUAGAGGUCUGGAAAGCUAAGCAGGUUAUUGUCAUGAAGCGUACACUGGGAGUUGGGUAUGCAGCUGUGGAUAACCCUAUUUUUUACAAACCUAACACUUCAAUGUUGCUUGGAGAUGCAAAGAAAACAUGUGAUGCUUUGCAAGGCAAGAUUAGGGAAAUGUAUUAUACUCAUUAACAAUGUUAUUUAGAGUUGUAAAAAGGAACAAAAUAUCAUUUGUAUUUUUCAGUACAGUUUGGAGGCGCAUCCAGCACCUUAUUUAUAUAGAACCAUUUAAAAAAUAAAAGGGCAUCCAAACUUAACAAAUUAGCUGGUAGACUGACUGCUGGUUUGUGUGCCUUAGCAGACACAAAUGUAUGUCUUUACAUGUAAUAAAAAACAUUUUUGCUCUAUA